UCACGCGCAAUGGGUUGAGGACACCGGAAGUGGCUGACUGUCCUCUCUUCUACUUCCGGGUCACUUCUAUUUCUAUCAUGGCGGUCAGGCAGUUGUUUGCAGCGGCAGAGAGAUGUGUCUGGGGUUCCUCCCUCCUCCGGAGGUCACUCUCCUCCUCCUCCUCCGUCCUCCAACAGGCCGCCAACAGCCAGGGGGAGGCGGGCCUGUCGGAGGGGGCCUUCCGUGUCACUAUGAUCCCCGGGGACGGAGUGGGUCCGGAGCUCAUGCACUCUGUGAAGGAAGUCUUUAAGGCUGCCGAUGUCCCGGUGGAAUUCGACGAGCAUCACCUGAGCGAGGUGCAGAACAUGGCGUCCCCUGAGAAGCUGGAGCAGGUGCUGAGCUCCAUGCAGGCCAAUAAAGUGGCUAUUAAAGGGAAGAUCCACACCCCCAUGGAGUACAAAGGUGAACUGGCCUCCUAUGAGAUGAGACUCAGACGGAAGUUGGAUCUCUUUGCCAAUGUGGUUCAUGUGAACAGUCUACCGGGAUACAAGACCCGACACAACAACCUGGACCUGGUCAUCAUCCGAGAGCAAACCGAGGGCGAGUACAGCUCCCUGGAACAUGAGAGUGUCAGCGGAGUCAUCGAAUGUCUGAAGAUCAUCACCAGAGUGAAGUCCAACCGGAUCGCCAAGUUUGCCUUUGAUUACGCCACGAAGAAAGGACGUUCCAAAGUCACCGCUGUCCACAAAGCCAACAUCAUGAAGCUGGGUGACGGUCUGUUCCUGCAGUGCUGUAAGGAGGUGGCGGAAUUGUAUCCCAAAAUCCAAUACGAGACAAUCAUCAUCGAUAACUGCUGCAUGCAGCUGGUACAGAAUCCAUAUCAGUUUGACGUGUUGGUGAUGCCGAAUCUGUACGGGAACAUCAUUGAUAACCUGGCGGCGGGUCUGGUGGGAGGAGCCGGUGUGGUUCCCGGGGAGAGUUACAGCGCGGAGUACGCCGUGUUUGAGACGGGGGCCCGCCAUCCCUUCGCCCAGGCCGUGGGCCGGAAUAUCGCCAAUCCAACCGCCAUGUUACUGACCGCCACAAACAUGUUACGCCACCUCAACCUGGAAUAUCACUCCACCCUCAUCUCUGACGCUGUGAAGAAAGUGAUUAAACAGGGAAAGGUCCGUACGACAGAUAUGGGCGGGUACGCCACCUCUCUGGAUUACACGCAGGCCGUUAUCAACAGCCUCAAUUCCUAGAAGGUCUUCAGGGGAGGAGUCCCAGCCAUGUGACACUCCUCAUCUCUCUGACUCAUCGACUAUUGCACUGCAUAGAUCAGCCCACGCGGUUCUCAUGACCUGAAUGUUUUUAUCAGUCCCAUAGCAACUUGCUUUACCCCCGGGUGUACCUGUCGACACUUCUUUUGCCUGGAGGACUUAUGGCAUCAACACUAUGAGGCCUCUCUUUAUAAAUUCACAAUUGUGGGAAAUCCAGCCAAAUAUUUAACUUAUUUUAAUGGAACACGAGUUUCAUUAAUUAAUCAUUGCCGCCUGGCUGUUUUUCCCCCCUUAAAAUAAUCCAUGCCUUUCACAUCCGAACAUCUACAGAUUUAAGAAAAUUGGGCAAACAAUUUAUAAACAGGCCCCUUAAUGUAUAUGCUGUCUGUACACACUGCUGAUUUUCUGGAGUCCCAUCAUUCCUUUGCGUCCCGGUGACGCCCCCAUUCUUUUGCUGCCUUUGCUGUCUUGACCCACAAAUUAGUGUGAUGUGAAAUAUUACUGAAAAAUAAAGUGUUUGAUGUGUGUGAUAA